CUGCCCUCCAUUCCACUAAGAAGCUCUCGCUGUUUGGGGAUCUGCGUUAGUCGCACAAGCGGCAUGUCCUCGAAGUCUUGUCUUUUAUACCCCGAAUAGAGCUCGGGAAUAUGGAGCCAUCACAACAGGCGGGCUCGAACAGUGUCACCGUCGAGUAUACUGAUCCGUCUGGCUUGUUUCCUCUUGUUCAACCCAUCAUCGCGGACAAGGUCCCUCUCAAGAACCUCCACUGGAAAUCCCCUAGCCGCCCCGUUCGGUCAAUCGAGUCGCUCCGCAUUGGGUUCGUACCUGUCCAGCAGGGGGCAAAUGAACGCCCAUCUUCCAGCGAAGGUGCGUCAGGCACCGUAGCGCAUCGACGGCACCAAAUUCCCGGUCUGCGCCAGACCCCCUAUUUGAAGAUCUACCUCCUCCGCUGCGACGACAACGACACAUACAAGAACACGGCGCGGAAAGCACUACGGGAGUGGAUCAAGUCCCAUGCGUCAACGUCGCAGUCUGGCACCCAGCCGAGCAGCCAGGAGAAGCAUGACGCUUUUGAGUGGUUGAUUCUUCAUGUGGCGCAGGACGGGGACGGCACCGAAAAGGUCGCGCCCUCCACCAAAUGGGGUCGCACCACGACGACGGUCUUGGAUAAGGUGAAGGCCGACUUUAAUGGUACCUCGAAGUCUGCCGUGGAUAGGGUGGCCCAGAUUCGUCUCCCGAAGCCGGAUAACAAGCAGAAGUCGCCCGAGCUGCGUGAGCAGGUCGAGGACUUUAUCGAGAAGGUCAAGAAUGGUAUCCUGGCGUCCUUGGAUCUCCGUGUGGCGCAGUAUGAGGAAGACAUCAAGGAGAAGGACUCGCAGCGGAGCUUGCCUGGUUGGAACUUUUGUACAUUCUUCAUUCUGAAGGAAGGGCUUGCGCGAGGGUUUGAGAAUGUAGGGCUGUUUGAGGAUGCGCUACUCGGAUACGAUGAGCUGUCUGUUGGGCUAGAUGCUGCGAUCAAUGACCAGCUCGAAGGCGUCGAGCAGCACGGCAAUAUUUUCUUGGAGUACAGUAAAGAUUGGCAAGAAAAAGCCAAAGCGGCUCUGGCCUCGGCGUCUGCCCGCAAGGACAGCGAUGACACCCAACCAGCGUCGAUUCCGGAAAUCGAUGUGCAAGACUUUCCCAUUGACUCGAACAAAAAGGCGUAUCGUGAUAUGAUCCUGGCCAGCAAUAUCUCGGUCCUUGAUUUUCGCGCCUAUGUUUUCUCAAGGCAGCUAACGCUGCUUUUGCGGGCAGCAAAGGCGCCGUCAAUGACCACUACAGACGUUGAUACCAGUGAAAAGCCAACUAAGGACGGCAAGAAACCCGAAGAUCUAUUGUUACUCUCCGAGGUCUGCGAGAGAGCGGCUGAAUUCGCCAGUCUUGCCGCUCGAACGCUCCGGGGUGAUCUAACAGCCGGUCUAGCGGAUGUUGAGUCUCCUGCAAAAUCGGAGGUUAUCCACAAUCUGGUUUCGUCCUGGGCGUAUGCUGUUGUGUCGCAAGUCCUGGUGCAGACGUUCACCCCUACCCUCACACUCCCCGAAUCGUCUCUCAAUACCAUCAAUAAGGCCGUGGCAGCGUCUGCGGAGAGCAGACCGGACACACCCAAGCGGUCCAGCUCAUUAGCUACUACGACUGGAGCUCGACCCUCUCGAAGCAGUGAAAUUCUACCGGCCGAGGCGCUUUCGCAUGUACCCUCUCGAUCUGUUCACGAAGCAUCAAAGCCUCCAAUCACCCUCAGGACAGGCGGUGAACAACUGGCCUCUACGAGAGGCGAUCUUCUCCUAAUGGCCCGGCGUUUACUAGAGGAGAUUGCGAGUCAAUGCGGCUGGGAGGAAAAGUGGCAGAAACUUGGACUUCUUUUCGACGACAAGGAAGAUGACGACAUGGACGAAGUGUCUUUGAGUGAUACAGAGAAACCAGUCAAGCCUUCCCCAGUGGGCUCUCUUGCCGGCGUCGAUCUUCCCCGCCUGAAAGCAGCGCUUUGUGGCCAGGAAGCCUUCCGCUCGCAUUACGAGGAGCUCACAGAUCUGAUGUAUCGACAUUAUGUCAUUGCGAAUCGCAGCUACUCAGCACACAUGGCAUUGGCAGACAUGGCCCUGCUGCGAUUCCGACGGGACGAUCAUAGCGCUGCCGCCUCUUACUUCCACCAGAUCACGCCCUUUUACGGCAAUAAGGGCUGGGUCGUCCUAGAAGGCGUGAUGCUGGAGAUGUACGCACGUUGCCUCAAGCAACUGCAGCGCAACGAGGAGUAUGUCCGAAUGACGCUUCGCCUGCUAGCUAAAUAUGCAGUCUACAUACAAUCAAGCCUAUCGGCGCGGCAAAAGACGCUAGAUGCCUCGCACAUCUUUGCUGAGAAUUCGCUGGUCUUCCAGUAUGUCGAAGAGUUGUUCCAGGUGUCGAGCACGCUCCAGAAGGAGGUUUCAGCUUCCUUGACCGAUUUCUUUGCGGAUCUGGAAGUUAAGCCGUGUGUCCUCCAUUUUGCCGACAAGGAUGGUUUCCAGAUGCAGCUUUCUCUGCGGUUUCUGCUGGGAAAGCGGAUCAAUAUCGAUUCCACUAAGGUGCGGCUCGUCAGUGCCGGCGGUGGUCAAAGCAACGAGCAUUGGAUCGAGGCUUCUACCAAAGCCACUGUCAAGUCGUCCCUCACAAAGGUCCUGGUGGAUUCAUCGAUCACCUUGCAUGGAAAGUACUAUGUGGAUCGUCUCGAGGUGCGAUCUGGUAAUCUCACUUUCACAUUCGGCGGCGGGAAGAACUUGGCUCUCCCGGUGGGCUUCAGAGAAGCUGGGGAGGCCGAAGUUGAAGACAGCCGGCCCUACAUCUACUGCUACCCCCCACCGGAAGGACUGCAGGCAAAGAUCGUACCCCCUCACCUAGUCAAUCUCGAGGAAAUGCGAACGCUGGAGCUGGAACUCAAUAGCGGGCGGAACGAUAUCAGCACAGGGACUCUCCGGGUCAGGCCCGCCACCGCGGGGCUACGGCUCCGAGUGGCAGAGGCCGAGCUGGUGGAGGGCGACAUCACGAUUGUCAGCAACAGCGACGGAAACAUCGAGUUCGCAAGCCUGAGCGCACAGUCCUUCGUCCGUCUACGGAUCCCUUACACAGUGGAGGAAAACCACCCUGUCCUAUUCGCGCGAGCCGAAAUUGGAUACGAGACAGAAAUCGGCCAGUUCUCGUACUCGUCGACACACAGCAUCGUCUCCGGUCUCCCGAUCAGCGUCAACGUGCAGGAUGCCUUCAAAGACAGCGUCCUCUUCUCUCGGUUCACCAUCAGUCCGGCCAUGAUGAUCCCGCUCCGGAUCCUGACAUGCCGCAUCCCAAGCUCCGACGUCUACCAGGUCCAGUCCAACGUCGGCGAAUCCGUCGCGCUAGACGUAUUCCCCAAACAGCCCGCGUCCCUCGUCUACAAGAUCCAGCAGCGGGAGGACUGCGUCACGUCUCCGGGCUCGAGACGGUCGCUCCGCCUCAGCGUGGAUUUCACAUGCAUCGACGACGAGUACCUGUCUGCAGUGGAGCAGACGUUCCAGGACAGCAUCGCGUCCAGCAAAUUCCGCGAAUACACGACGCUGCUCACGUCGCACAUCGUGGAAGCCGUCCGCGCGCAGUUGUCGAUCUCUGACAUGGAGGUGAUUGCGCUGGUGCGUGAGACGGAAACGCUGGGAUACACGAGUGUUGGUUGGGAUGGGCUUUUAGGAGCACUCAAGGGGUCAAUGGACGAGUUGAGAGCGUGGCUCCAGGAGUGGCACACGAAACACCCCGUCAUCGUACUCCCAACCCAGCCCUCCAUCCCACGCCGACACAUCAUCAUCCCAGUCGACAUCCCAGAGGUACAGGUAGUGCACACCGCAGAACUCCGCCUCAACAACCUAGCCACGGACCCGCGCCACGCAGCCGUCGGCCAGAUGAUCUCCGGCGAUCUCGUCCUCCGUCACACCCGCCGAUGGUGCACCCCAGCAAACCGCGAAAACGGCACCGGGAGCCUCGAAUUCACAUACGAGAUCCACGCGAACCCCGAACACUGGCUCGUCAGCGGGCGACGCCGGGGCAACUUCAGCGCCAGCGAGGGCGAAACCACCACCUUCCCCGUGAUGCUGCUACCCCAGAAAUCAGGCCAUGUCCUGCUCCCGGGCCUCGAGAUCCGCACGUUCGUGCCCCCGCCUCCUUCGACGCAGUCGGCAAAUGCUGCCGCCGCUGCGGCUGCUGCUGCUGCGGGAGGAGGGACGGUGCAGCGGCGCCAGGUGCCGAGCGAGCUAGACUACCGCAACCACGCAGAGACGCUAUUGGUGUUGCCGGAUCUGCGGGCGACGACGGUGCGGUUGAGUCCUGGGAGUAGCGGGCAUGGAGUGGCGUGGUUGGUUGACUCGGAGCGGCGGGUGAUGCCUGCGUAGGUGGUGCCUUGGGUGGUACCACCUGUUUCCUUGCAUUCAUGGAAUGAGGGGUGGGGAGGU